AUGAGAUUGGGUAAGAAGGCAUACACAGUAGUAUUCCCACGCACGGUGAGAAUAAUGUAUGUACAGUACAGUACAGAUCUGCUGACGUUGGCAUACGACACAGCACCCACAAUGGUGUAUGAACGGUCACGGCGAGUCGGAAGGCUGCGGUACAGAAUUUUGGUGCAUGGCGGAAGGAGGAAACGUGAAGACCCCGACCCCAAAUCUACGCCAAGAAGUGAAGUGAGUGUGCCGUGCGGUUCAUCUCAUCACAAAGCUGCGCUGCUUCGCAUCGUCAAUAAUAAUCCGUCAGGAACCGCGUGCGAAAUGCGCUUUGCGGCCGCUGUCGGGCCUUAUGAAGAAGACCUUACACCGCGCGUCGAAUCUCCUCCCCACGAACCCCUUGCAAUACCGAAAGAAUGCGGUCGCUACAUCGGUAGCCGGACAAGAGGUGUCAAGACAGAUGGCGUAUAG